CUCACCAGAAGCCGCUGAACUGCUUCAGCUGCCGUAGGAGAGGCACCGGGAGGAGAGAGGAUCCUAUGCGGAGGCGGAUCCGACUCGGUCGGAUCCGACUCAGUCGGAUCCUGACACUCCAACGGCAGCAGAAAGUGGAGAAAGAUGGAAAGGUCGGAUUCCGACGACGGAGAUGGACCUGCUUCCCAGAGCGGAACUGAGAUGGAUCGAUUGGUUCAUGAAGAUGAUUUCUAUCGAUUUGUAAAUAACCUGAGUGAAGAAGACUACAAACUUAUGAGAGAUAACAAUUUACUAGGCAGUCCGGGAGAAAGCACAGAAGAAGAGUUGCUGAGAAGACUCCAACUAAUUAAAGAAAACUCGCCACAAACCUCACAUGACAAUACAGGUGGAGAAGACUCUUUGGAUACCGUGUCUAAUGGUGACUAUGUAAAAGACUGGCUCAACUCUUUCGAACCAACUGAAAAUAUGACAAGUGGGCAAAGAGAAAGCCAAUCUUGGAGAGAAGUUAGCCAGAUUCACCCAAAAAAUGAUGAUGUCAGAUUCAGUUCAGAAAUGAAUUUUAACCUUAAUAAUGAGAGCCCAAAUCCAGAGAAUGACUAUGCAACAUCUACAAGGCUUCCCAGAGGAGAGGAAAACAGCCAAAGGCAAGUGGAAAAUCCAAGAUCUGAAUCAACACGUAGAAGACCAUCCAGAUCAGAACGAAGUACAACUGAAGCAUUAAUGGAAGUCCCACCUACCAGAGGUCAGCGAAGAGCAAGAAGCAGGAGCCCAGACGGUUUGAGAACCAGAGCAAGAACUGAAAGCUGGUCACCUCUAAAAUCACUGUAUGAAAUUUUCCAGAGAUUUUGUCAUAGAACACCAUCUCAGACUUUUGAGCCACCUCUGGUAAAUGAGACUCAGAGAUUUUCUAGAACUCAGCACCGAGAAACAUUGAGACAGCAAAUAACUGGACUUGAGUUGCAAAAUAGAGGUCUUUUUGCAACUUCUGGAACUAGGAAUGCUAUUCAAGGAGAACGUUCCCCAGACACAACAAGCAUGAAUGGUGAAUCUUGGGAACUGAGACAGAUAAAUCCAACCAUACCCUUCGAGCUUGAAGUAGGACACGUUCAUCCAGGAGCGUACUCGCACAGAGACAGCACAGCUAGUAGAACUCAGUUAACAUCUGAGACACCAAACAAUACUAUCACUUUAGAAAGUGAACAUGGAGGACUUGGGUGUAUGUCUUCACAUUGUGAGCAGGCAGAUGCGAGAGCUUAUGUCAGUCCCGUCAGAAUUCCCGUUCAUAGAAUUUCAAAUACUGGCUUAAAUGAUACAAUACCUGUUGCAGUUCAGAGCACACUAAGUCAGACAAUGACAGGAUUUAGUGACUCAAGUAACCUUACGGACAGUUACAGUGAUUUAGAGCCUAGUGUCUCACCACCAAGUCAAAACAUGGAAAGGGCAGAUUCACUAAUUGGAACAGAUGAUUCUGCUGCUACUAGCAGUUCUGGUUCUGAUCCAUAUCCUUGCUGUGAUUCCCACUCUACUUCCACACUGACUGCUUGUUCAAGUUGUGCUUACAUUUCUAGUUCUAGUUGUAUAUCUAUUUGCAGUUCCUGUGACGAAAAUUCAGAAAUUAGCUCACUGCUGUUUGAAGGCAGUGAUAUAGAAAGUUUAUCAUCACAUUCGCCAUCAGAGACCAGGCAGGAGAGUAGGCAAAUGACCCCUAUAACAUUUGAUGAAAGUGACUCUUGGUCCUCCCUUAAUGAGGACCGGUUUUUCCUCUUAAAUGAAGAUGAUUACCAAUCUACAGGACUCACCGUAGCACAGACUGACAACUUGGCGUUAAGAUCUUUUUCUGAAAACAAUCCAUCAAAAUCCUGUAGCAUUUGUAUCACAGAGUACACAGAAGAUAGUGAACUAUGCAUCCUACCUUGCUCCCAUGAAUAUCAUGUCCACUGUAUCACUCGCUGGCUGGCUGAGAACUCGACCUGUCCUAUUUGUCGCAGGGAAGUAGAAGAUUCUGGCGAGGGAGAAAAUUCCAAUUGAGAUCUGAAUUCUCAGCUAUAUAAUCUGCUAUAGAGAUGGACAAACAGUUGUCUGUCACCUGCCAUAUAUCCACUUUUGGAGCGAUGCUUAAAUAUAAGGAUCUGAAUCUCAUCUAAAUCUGAAUCUAAAUGUAAUAACCUGAACUGAAUCAAUGGUUCCUGAAGGAACUAUUGGACUUCCCCCAAUUUCGGAUCCAGAAUAAAAAGAAAUAUUAGAAAACCAAA